UCACUCCUCCUCUUCUGAAGCUCAUAGCUGAUCGGCUGAUCCAAAUCCUCCACGGAAACUUUACAAUGGCGUCGACCGCGUUGAGGAGCUGCGGCGUUGCGGCAGUCUACCCAUCUCUUCUUUCUUCCUCAAAAUCUAAAUUCGCCACAUCCAUACCAUUCCCUGGUUCCUGCUCUAAUGCCUCCUCUUCCUCCUCACGCUUCACCAUGUCGGCCGAGUGGAUGCCCGGCCAACCUCGCCCUCCUUACCUCGAUGGUUCUGCACCUGGGGAUUUUGGUUUCGACCCUCUUGGACUUGGUGAAGUCCCUGAAAACCUUGAAAGAUUCAAGGAAUCUGAACUCAUUCACUGCAGAUGGGCAAUGCUUGCAGUUCCAGGGAUCUUGCUGCCAGAGGCAUUAGGAUUGGGAAACUGGGUGCAGGCACAAGAGUGGGCUGCGGUGCCAGGCGGGCAGGCAACUUACCUGGGAAACCCAGUCCCAUGGGGCACUCUCCCAACCAUCUUGGUUAUUGAGUUCCUCUCCAUUGCCUUCGUGGAGCACCAACGUAGCAUGGAGAAAGACCCUGAGAAGAAGAAGUACCCUGGUGGAGCUUUCGAUCCCUUGGGCUACUCCAAGGACCCUGUCAAAUUCGAGGAGUACAAGAUUAAGGAGAUCAAAAACGGUCGUCUUGCUCUGUUGGCCUUCGUCGGAUUCUGCGUCCAGCAAUCAGCUUACCCUGGAACAGGGCCCCUAGAGAAUCUUGCCACCCACUUGGCUGAUCCAUGGCACAAGAACAUUGGGGAUGUCGUGAUCCCCAGAGGGCUUUUGCCAUGAUGAUGAAAUCUCAUCUGUAACCCACUGUAAAACUCCAUGUACUCAUCUAUAAUGAAACAGAAUUGCAUCUGUUGAUCUUUGUAAUUGUAGUACUAAAUUUUCUACCUUCUUUUCU